ACAGAGAUGUUAUCGCUUUGUGUGGUUAAACUGUUGAAGAGGCGGUUACCAGCAAUGUUUAAAUGAAUGGCGAUACUUUAUCUAGCUGCUAGCUGUGAAGGAAGUCAGUAGGAGACGUCUAUUGUUGGAAAACUGGCCUCUUCAGAGCUAUGUUACCCGGGGAUGCUAUCAACAAUCAUACGCGCUAGCUGAUGUUUUUGUAGCAGGUAAACUUUUAGUGAGAUAGUUUCAAUACAAUUGUUCUUCCUGCCAUACCUUUCAAAAUAAAAUUAUAUUGUUGUAGCUUGAAGUAUUUAUAGGCAACGUUAAAAUGACCAAAACGACUGGUAUAUUUUCUUAAACAUAUAGUUUGUUGUUUACCAGAUGCACGCAAUUUGACAUCGUAUUAAGUAGGCUGUCUACUGUUUGUUGCUUUAUUUUGAAAUCACAACAUCUUCACUUCCGGGUAGGGGUUGCCACUUGCAGUAACUUUUUGCACCUCCCCCAAACAAACGGCAGCCAGACUGGCGCCGCUACCCAGCGAAUCAGCUCUAUACAGACGCAUCUUGUUUACCGUGGAAGAGUACACUUAAAAUGUCAAAUAAGUUUUAAUUUUGUUUACAUAAUCCUGCUUAGUCAGUCAUUGUGUUGGUGAACCCGUAUUUGUAUUGUUACAUGUAUAAAUAGUUACAAUGCUGCAGUUUGUCUCGUCUUCUGUCAUCCACACAACAAUCUUCUCAAGCUUCAUUUUGAAGACUGUUUCUUCUCCAGCUUCCUGAGGAUGAUGUGAAACUCAACAUCUGGCAAAUAUUUUCCCAGAACUUGUCAAAGACUGAGUCAAAAACAAACAUGUCCAUUGCCAGCACACCUACCAGUAACGAUGCCUGCCUGAGCAUCGUCCACAGCCUGAUGUGUCACAGGCAGGGAGGUGAGAGUGAGACGUUUGCCAAACGGGCCAUCGAAAGUCUGGUGAAGAAACUGAAGGAGAAGAAAGAUGAGCUUGAUUCACUCAUCACAGCUAUCACCACCAAUGGUGCCCACCCCAGCAAGUGUGUAACCAUCCAGAGGACCCUGGAUGGACGUCUGCAGGUGGCAGGUCGUAAAGGUUUUCCUCACGUCAUCUAUGCCCGACUGUGGCGGUGGCCUGAUCUGCACAAGAAUGAACUGAAGCAUGUGAAAUACUGUCAGUUUGCCUUUGAUCUGAAGUGUGACAGUGUGUGUGUUAAUCCCUAUCACUAUGAAAGAGUGGUGUCUCCUGGAAUAGAUCUAUCAGGACUGACUCUGACUGGUUCUGGACCCAACUCGGCACAGAUUAUCAAGGAUGAGUAUGACUUUGACGGACCACAGAGUUUGCCCUCUGUCGAUGGUGGCCACUCUCUCCAGACCAUCCAGCACCCCCCGUCCAGUAGUUGUCCAGCCCCAGCAGAACCAUUUCCAGCCCCAAGCAUGCUGCCGCCUACUGAGGCCUCCACCUCCGCCUCAGCAUCAUCUUUCCCUCCUAUAGCUGCAGCAUCCAGCAGUGCCAGCUCUAACUGGUCCAGGAACAGUGGGUUCCCUCCAAACAUACCCCACCACACCAAUGGUCACCUUCAGCACCACCCUCCGAUGCCACAUCCAACACACUACUGGCCAGUGCACAACGAGCUUCCUUUUCAGCCUCCUAUAUCAAAUCACCCAGCUCCUGACUACUGGUGCUCUAUUGCUUAUUUCGAGAUGGACGUUCAGGUGGGGGAGACUUUUAAAGUGCCGUCUUCUUGCCCCGUUGUAACGGUGGACGGUUAUGUUGACCCAUCAGGAGGAGACCGCUUCUGUUUGGGCCAGCUCAGUAACGUGCAUCGCACCGAGGCUAUUGAGAGAGCGAGACUUCACAUUGGUAAAGGGGUGCAGCUGGAGUGUAAAGGCGAAGGAGACGUGUGGGUGCGGUGCCUGAGUGACCACGCCGUGUUCGUUCAGAGCUACUACCUGGACAGAGAAGCGGGUCGAGCGCCGGGAGAUGCUGUUCACAAAAUCUACCCCAGCGCUUACAUCAAGGUGUUUGACCUCCGUCAGUGCCACAGACAGAUGCAGCAGCAGGCUGCCACGGCUCAGGCUGCAGCCGCCGCACAAGCAGCUGCAGUGGCGGGGAACAUACCUGGACCUGGAUCGGUAGGAGGGAUAGCUCCAGCUAUCAGUCUGUCAGCAGCAGCUGGAAUCGGCGUAGACGACCUCCGGAGGCUGUGCAUUCUCAGGAUGAGUUUUGUUAAAGGCUGGGGGCCUGACUACCCCCGCCAGAGCAUUAAGGAAACCCCUUGCUGGAUUGAAAUCCACCUGCACAGAGCUCUGCAGUUACUGGAUGAGGUUCUUCACACGAUGCCUAUAGCAGACCCUCAACCUCUGGACUAGGUCUUCCUCGUUGAUGGAGAAGUGAAUGAAGGUGAAGCUGUGGCAGAUGAGAAACACCGUCAGGUUUUUGAGGCAUAUCGUGCAUUUUGGCUUCAGCGUUUGCUUGUGACAGCAACAUGAGCUGAAGCCAUGCAUGAAAAAUGAAGUUUUUAUUUUAAUAGACGGCUUUGAUUUUACAACACAAGAAGAUGUGACUGUUAAUUCAAAUAAGAAGCAUUGAACACACAGAGGACCAGAUCCUGUGAAACUGGAACAUGAACUCGGAGAACCGCGAUGCUGCAGCACCGCCUUUGAAGACACCCAGAAUUACCAGUUUGUCCAGCUAGCUGCCGAGAAACCAGCUCUCUGAACUUGUGGAUCCGUACCAACACCGUGCCGAUCACUGCCGCUCCGCCUCCGGAUCGGAACAUGCCAGACACUCACAAGCGUCUGCAAAAAGAAAUCCACAAAACAAACCAACCACAACAGCAGCUGAGUCUCCUCUGCUGAACUGAAACAAGUCUGGACUUGUCCAGGCCAAACUACGAGUUAGGAUUUUUAAAAGAUACUUUUCAGGUCUGGGAAUUCUUGGUUUUCCUGCAGUAGCAAAGAGCAGAACUCCUGGUUGCAGUGGCAAACAGUAACGUCCAACUUUACAUGUCAUCUCUGCACUAAUGCGGUGUCUCACUUGUGUAUUUGAAGUGGUGUGUGUGCACAUGUGUGUGGUUACUGAUUUAACUCUGAUCAUCACCUUCCAUCACAAUAACUAAUUUGGACAUGUUGAGUAUUUCCCAACACCUGAUAAGUUUAGAGAAUGUAAAACUGGACCCAGUUUGCCCCAGAUUCUGUUUUCUAUUUACUUAACUGACAAAAAGGAGAAUGUUAGUCAUCACACGUCAGUUCUAACGCAUUUAUUUUUGUAACUUUGAUUAAUUGAUUUGUAUAUUUGUAGCACUUUACUUUUGUCUGAGUUCGAGUCGGCACCGCGUGGGUCUGAGGUUUGUCAGGAGGAGCUGAUAGUUGUACUGUAACACUAAGGCGGUCACCAAGUAUUCACAAACAUUUUGGAAUUUUUCUUGUUUGAUCUGAGUUGUAGUUUUUUCAUUUGUGGUUUUCACUUUUUCCUCAUAAUCCAUGUAAAUGUUUUUAAAAGCAUGUAUGUCAGUGUUAGCAUGAAUAAUAUGUUCAAAACUCCCUUUAAUCCUUCCAGUUUUUUAUAAAAAGAUCAAAUUUGUUAUUCUGCAUCAAACAGGGAAAACUAUAGAAACCAGAGCCUGCUGUAUGCAGUAUUAGUGUGUUGCUGUUUAAUGAGAAACGCAACAGUUAAAGCUCGUCUAUUAUUACAAACUGCCUGUCGGUGUUUAUUAGAACCACAGCAGAUUUCAGCAGCAAACUAAAAUACCCGUCUUUCUCAUCUCUGCGUGUGAUUCCGUUUUCUUAUUGAUUUUAAAGACGUUUCUCCAUAGUCUACACGCCUCGUGUACUUUUAUUACCAUAAUUUAGUUUUUUUUUUUUUCCCCAACACUCGCUGUGUUCUGAUAAUCUCUAGAUGAGGAUUUUAUUUUUUUCUAACAAAUAAAGUAAAACCCAAACAGUAAUUUUCCCUUUUACUCGCCUCAGCUGUGAUGAACUGUAAUAUGAGACCUGCUUUUUGGGAUGUUUGUCACUUUUAAAGGUGUCUUCUCUUGUUCAUUCAUCUGAAUGACAGGAAACAUGUUUAAAAAGCUGUUAAUGAGAAUAAAUGAAAACAAGCUGCAGAAAGCAAAAGUAUUAUACUCUGCUGUGCUUUUAAGGUGGACUGGUGUUUUUUUAUGACGUAGUUAUAGAAGCCUGAAGAUAGUUUGUGUUGACUACUAUGACAGAUUGCAGAUAUAAAUUUUAGCUGUUUUUCUCAUGUGUCUACAAUUAAAUAUGGAUAUUAACCAA